GCACUUCAAUAUCUGAAAUUUCAACCCUCUCUCAUCUCUUGACCUUAAUUUUGGUUUUUCUUUUCUCAUAUAUAAUACUAAUGCAGUUCUAGAUAAACCCACAAAUGAUGGAAGUUUUCAGUCAUUCGACUGUUCAUUUUGACUGAAUGGAAUAGAAUAGUGUCUGAACUCUGUUCUGCUUAAUUUUGGCCUUGUCCUUGUUCAGGAAUCAGCGUACUUGGUUGUGGUAUUGCUUAAUUUCCUCUGAGAUCCCUUGUUUAGCCUUCCAUGGUUCGAGUUACAGCUCCCAAGUUCUGAGCCUUUAGCCAACACAGAAUCAUCAAUGCAUUUCUUUCUGUGCAUUUUUUCCCCUAGAGAAUGGGUACAAGAAAAUCUAUUAGAAACCUUGAUGAAACUCUUGAUGCUCUACUGGGUCUAAAGGCACAUAUAACUCCAAACUGGGUCAAAUCAGUUUGCAAUAUUGUAAAGACCCUUUCUUCUGAGUUUAGUGCCAAAGAUGAUGAUAAUGAUGAUGAUGAUGAUUCUAGCAAUGCAAUUUCAAAAAUAAAAGAUGAAGUUGAUGCUUUGACUGGCCGUAUAAACCAGCUCAACAUACAGAGAAGGCAGCUCCUGAACCAUUAUCUGGACUUGAAAGGGAACAUUCGUGUAUUUUGUCGCAUAAGCCCGAUCACAAUAGGGGAGAAUCUUGGUCGAUUAAGACCUGUAGUGGCUGUGGAUUCAAGUAACGUUCUUUUAAAUCUUGCUGAUAAUAAGAGUAAGAACUACAGUUUUGACAGAGUUUUCCACCCAGAUUCAUCACAAGAUGAAGUUUUUUCCGAAGUUGAACCAGUCAUCAAAUCUGUCCUUGAUGGUUACAAUGCUUGCAUUUUCGCCUAUGGUCAGACUGGCACAGGAAAAACUUUCACAAUGGAAGGCAGAUCAGAUGCUCCUGGAGUAGUUCCUCGCACAUUCCAGGAACUAUUUAAGCAAGCAGUGGAAAGUAACCAUUCAUUUCUCAUCAGAUUCAGUAUGCUUGAGAUUUACAUGGGAAAUCUCAGGGACUUGCUAGUCCCCAAGCCAACUAGAGCUACAGAUCCCAUCUCUCCUUGCCUUGCUAUUCAAACAGAUCCUGAGGGAGGAAUUGAAAUCGACAACCUUGUGUCAAUUCAAGUGAAUGACUUCCACCAGGCUUUGAAGCUGUACAGAUUAGGAUGCCAUUUCAGAUCAACAACCUCGACAACCUCCAACAUAACUUCAAGCCGAUCUCAUUGCAUGAUACGCAUAGCAAUAACUUGCUUUGAUGCUCCUGAGAGGCGACGGGAAACAAACAAAAUUUGGUUAGUGGACCUUGGAGGAAGUGAGCGUGUGCUGAAGACAAAGGCAUGCGGGAAAAGACUUGACGAAGGAAAAGCUAUUAAUUUGUCACUCUCUGCUCUUGGAAAUGUAAUUAAUGCCCUCCAGAUGAAAAAGCGUCACAUACCUUACAGGAAUAGCAAGCUGACACAAGUUCUUAAAGACUCUCUAGGCAAUGAUUCAAAAAUACUAAUGCUAGUCCAUGUCAGCCCCAAAGAAGAAGAUUUGUGUGAGACCAUAUGUUCUUUAAAUUUUGCAACGAGGGCAAAAAACACUCGCCUAGGAAAUGAGGAUACAACAGAAGUAAGAGAGCAGAAGAAAGUAGCAAUAGCAAAUCUGCAGCAAAAGAUGAUAGAGAUUGAAUAUGAGCGGCUGCAUGUUAGACAAGAAAUUGAGAAAUUGGAAAGGAGGUUACAAAAUCUCAUAGGAAAAAGUUUAUCUUCUAAAGGGCAAAUUGAAGCAUAUAAUUUUAUUGAAGAACCACUUACAAAGAAUGGUGUUGGAGACACAAUAGUAGCCUCCAUGUAUAAGGUACCAGGAUUUAUGAGGCCAACUGUUUGCAGCCAAAGAAAAUUAGGGACAAAUUACAAAGUUCCAGUGUCUGGAAGAAGGAAAAGGCCACCAACCCAUCAUGCUGAGUCUCUGGCUUCUCGUGCGAAGGAUCACUCAGAUUACAAAUCAGAACAUAGUGUGUUUAGAUCUAGCUGGUUGUUGGGAUUAGACAUGAGAAACAGUGUUGAUAAUACAAUAGAAUGCAGCCACGACACCCUUGAAAUUGAAACUAAAAUGACUAAUAUCCGAGAGCAAGAAAAAACACCUUGUUCAGCUAGUCAUAUGAAUGGCAUUGGUCACAUUCAGAAAGUUACAAAUAGACAUACAGGAAUGACUAAUAAUUACAUCAAAAUUUCUAAGGUGGGCAAUUGGUUAGAUCUGCAAAAGAAUGAAACCAAUAUGAGUGGUUACACUUACAGGACUAAGCGUGUUUUAGCUAUUCCUACCCCUAAGAAGAAGCAUAAGCAUAAUGAGCAGAGCAAAGAGAAGGAGGUUUUUGAUGAAAAAAUACAUAUUUUUUGUGAUUCUACAAUGCAAAAGGUCCAUGGUGAAAAAGAUAAAAUGGUUAUAGAUGGCGGAGUUGGAAUGAUCAUAUCAGAAGUGGUGAUUGACAAGCAAUUAACAAAUUUCCAGGAUUCAUUCAAUGAGGACUCGAGAUUUGAUUUCAGCUCCACAUCUCAGAGUCAGGCAGUUGUAGGAAAGAGAAUGACACAAACAGAAGAUUCUGUAUAUAACUCAUCAACAGAAGAUGGAGAAUGGAACACUUUUUGUCCAAAAGAUAUGUGUUGUCAUAGACGAGCUGAUUGCAAGGAUCAUGAUGGAGCCAAUGCACCAUGUAUCUUGAAGGCAGUAGAAGGCAAAAAUGAAAUUUCAGACAGUUUCCAGUUAAAGAACAAUGGAUGUUGGGAGCAUUUGCGAUCUGCUUUAGGUGGCAGUAACAUCUACUCAAAAGGGGAUUCCAGCGACUCCAUGUCGAUAUUAGAAGUUGAAUCAUGCUGUUCACAAGUAUCCAUUGAAUCGGUUAUGGAAGAUGGUGAAAGGCAAGACUCGGAUUCCUCCAUUCAAUUCUCAGCAAAAGAAAGAAGAUGUGACAUACUCCAACUGAGAUCUCAAAAAGAGUUAUUUGAGAACUAUUCAAACAAGAAAGAUUUAACCAAGCCAUUUUAUAAACCUCAAGGAGAAACACAGAGGACAGGAAUAUUCCAUAUUCUUAGACAGAAAAUAGAGAUUUUAUGCAUCAGUGCUCUUCUAGGAUUGGGGUUUUGUAACCUGGGAUAUGAGCAUGAGUUCUUCGACAGUUUAAUGCUUUGAAGCAACAAUAAUGGAUGAAAGGGUUAACAAUUUCUUGUGUGAUGGUGAUAGAGACUGGCGUGUGGUGAGAUGCAAGUGGAAUGUCGUGAAAGCUCAUAUUGUGGCCUUUUGUCAUAGUUACUUGGAUGCAAUCUUAACCUGUUUAAGCAAUUAUGUGUGCAAGCACAUUUGUGCAAUAAAGCAGGUGUAUAAGGUUUUCAAGCCUUUAUCUAAAUGAUUUACUGAAAUUCUGUACCCACUUCCAUAGCAACAAGGCUCUCAUUGAAGCUCUGCUCCAGCUUCCAUACCUGGAAUGUCCAUGAAGAAACAAGAGGAUGCAAAUAUUUUAGAUGUGCACCUGGUAGUCUAACAACUAUUGGUCUAUGUACAUAUUUAUAUGCAUGUUUAAUUAUAAGUAUGCAAUAGGCUCAUUUGGUUUUA